CAUGUCAAAUGGGACAUCCCUCAUUCAACGCUUCAACGCAACAAAUUUAUUGACAGCUACGCAGGAGAAAAUCGAAAAACUGCGCUGCGCUUACUAUAAAAACAUCAUUAAAAUUUUCUACAAGUUUGCUCUGUGAAUUUUCGCUUCAAAUGCGAGAACCAAAAUGGACAUUCCGCUGAAGGUGGUGGUAAAGCUUUCCGCACCGGAAAAGCCCGAUGCCGUACCGCCUAGGGAUGGAACUCAAACGGAUCAUGAAGAAGAAGAGGACCACCAGGAGCUGGUGUUGGCCGCGGGUCGGAAAUUCCGCUUCUCGCGUGUUUUUCGCGGCGAGACGGACCCGCGAGAAAUCUACGCUGAAACCAUGGCCGGCGUGACGGAAAUGGUACUGGAAGGGUAUGAUUUUUCGGUGGUUUCGUUCGGGGAUCGGGAAAGUGCCAAAAGUUUCACACUGUAUGCGAAUGGAGGGGCCUGCGAGGGGAUUGUGCUGUGCUUUGUGAGGGAUCUGUUUUGCCGGCUGGGAGGACAUCCUGAGCGGAUGUACUCGGUGGGGGUGGCGUGGACCGAGAUUACCAGUGACGGUGACGUGGUUGACCUGCUGGGAGUGGCCAUGAUGCAGUGUUUUACGAUCGAGGAGAUUUACGGGCUGCUCAGUUUGGGGUUACACAACCGGAACCCGGACAAUCAUAAUAUAUUGAGUUUGAUCCUGGAGCAGCAGUGGACGGCGUUAAAUGGUUUGAACCAGCAUCGCCAGUCGACAAUAAGCUUCUGCGAUUUGUGUGGAACGGAAAGAGAGAUGGUGGAUGGAAAAAACGUUUUGAAGGAUUCUGGAUUAAGAAAGCUGGAGGACAUUGUGCACAAAAGAAGCGAUGAUUAUAAUGAAUCGAUAUUGACUGCUUUCCUAAAGGAUUCUUUUGGGGGUAGGGCUCAAACAUUGAUGCUUCUUUGCAUAAAAGAUGUGGAAAAAGAGAAUGGAAUUAGGAAUCUGGAGUUUGGAAAUAAGGCACAGGAAAUAGUGAAUCACGUAGUGAUGAACACUUUUUCGGAUAACAACGUACCGGCCGUGGCUUUGAACGAGGAUAUCACGGCAGGAAUUGCGCAGCCUAAUUGUGAUGGUUUGUAUUUUGCCUCACAGCAGUGGGCAAAGCUUUUGAAGAACGCUGAGAGUUUGUUCAAUAAAAUCUUCAGCACCUGCGAGCUCAGUCAGCAGGAACGAAGCCAAAUCGAGGAAUGGCUCUACCUAAAAGCAGAAUGUGACGACUGCUUCAGUUCAACCGAUAUCAGCAUCAAUGCUGGAAAUCCACCAGUGAGAGUUUGUCUGGGGCCAAUCGAAGAAAUCGACGAAGGAGAGGACACGAUGCAUACCAGUAGCAAAAUCAAUACCACCAGUGAGCAAUGCAAUUCGGAUAACGAGAGUGAGUCUGACAUCGGUACCCAUAUGACAGACAUGACUGAUCGAAUCCAGGGUUACAUGAAAAAUUUUCAGCUCAAAACGAACAACAUAAUCAACGAAAAGUACAAAGAUUUCUUUCAAGCUCAUCCCAAGAUGGUCGAUGAUAUGAACGAGGAAAUUCGUAAGCAGGAAAAGAAGAAACAACUGGCUCCGAUGCACAAUCCAGCGCGGAGGAAGUCCAUCUAUGAUGCGGAUUCUAUCAGCAGCAAUGAGCUGUCGCUGAUGUCUCAACUGAGAAGUAAUUCUACCACAUCACUAGCUCCAACUCCCACAGUGAACAGCAAACGAUUGGACACACUCAAUAGCAAUCUGCGCAUCACAAUGGCAGGAAUCGAUUCCCUGCACGCUCAAAUCGAAGAAAUCAGACGCACAAUUUCGCUCAAACAGAAAUACAUUACGGAUUUGAUCGAGAACAGCGAAACACGCUCCGUGGCGAAGUCUCGCUUUAACAAAAAGAAGCGUAAUCUAGAGGACGAAUACGAAAAGGCAAAAAAACAGCUGACCAAGGCCGUCGUUAACGGAGCGGACAAGAAAGAGAUCAAUCACCUGAAAGGGAAGACCUCCCAUCUCGAACAGAGACUGAAAGACCUGGAUUCGAUUCGGUAUAUUGCCGGAGAGUCUGGUCACAAAAAGAAAAAGCUGCAGCAAUCUAUCAAGGAUUCGCAGAAGCAGCUAGAGGUGCUCCAAAAGAUGCUCAAAAAGGAGCUGGAUAAAAAGGAAACGAUCGAGAAGGAAAUUGAGGUGGUGAAAAAGGAGAAGUCGUCGAAAAUCAGUGCCAUUCAGGAGAUUAGCGAAGGCAAGAGUAAGAUUAGGAACAUGAAUGAAAGAAUCUCACAUAUCGAACACGUGCUAAAGGAAAAGUCAAGCAAUCUGAAAAAGUAUGUUAAUAAAAAGUCAGAGAAAGAUUCGCUGCGACAAGAGAUUAUAAAUCUGCGUAGAACGCGGGAUCAUCUGCUGGAGCAGAGGUGUAGUUUGGACAAGAAAAUUCGUGAAGAUAAGAUGCCAUCGUUCGACGAAGAACGAAAGUUGGUCGAAUGUGACGAAGCCAUCGAAGCGAUUGAUGCGGCUAUCGAAAUGAAGAAUGAGCUCAUCUGUGGAAGAAAAAGCAUUGACACGGACGAAAGUUUGCAGCGCGAAAAAGGCGAACAGAUGUUGAUGGCACGGUUGAACAAACUUUCGACGGAUGAGAUGCGAACCCUGCUGUACAAGUACUUCCAGAAAGUGGUUGAUCUCAAAGAGAACAGUAAGAAGUUGGAAGUUCAGUUCAUCAGCCUGGAGCGGGAACGGGACACUUGGGAGUGGCAGGAGAAGAUCCUAACCAACGCAAUUCGCCAAACCCGUCUGGAGAAGGAGCGAUCUAUAAUCGCUCUUCAGAAGCAGCACGAAACCAAACUAAAUUUGAUGCUGCGUCACUUCGCGGCCGAUACAUCGGCCUCCAUCGGCAGUUCCAUCCCAGAUAACGCUCUGCAUCCAUACUCCCCGACCAGCGAUUUGGUCCUCAGUCCCGGUACAAGCCGUUACCAUCAUCACCACCUGUCCGCCUUGGACUCGGACUCGGAACCGGUGGCCUCACACUCGCACAGCAAGCACCUUGCCGCGCACUUCAAAGCAAAUGUUGCGGCGGCGUCCUCGGUCCAACCGCUGGCAGCUGCCUCGGCUGCAGUCGCUACCGAGAAGGACCGCACCAAGAACAAACUUUUCUCGAAGCUACAGGUCCUGACGCGGUACCACAACGACAAGCGCAAAAUAUUCGCCCAAUCGGACAUCCCGCAGCAAAAUCUCAAACAGCUGCAGAUUUCGUCCCGCCCGUCACUGACCAAGGUGACCCGCGAGAAGAACAAAAUCAUCAUCCAGAGCGACGGAGGAAAGUAAUGGCGGUAUUCGGCAAGUAUCAGUAGUGUAGCGUUAGUGGCCUCCCUCCCUAUCUGCUCUAUAAUUGCUAUGAAAUCCUCUCGAACGAACCUCGAAGCAACGUGAAUACUCUCUAUCUACCUUUACUAUACUAUUUAUAGCCUCUUAUCAAUGUUGAAAUGAUCUCUGUGACAAGGUUUUUCAGGGGCAUUCCUGAAUCAAAAUUGCAAUUCGUUUAAUUGUGACUGUCGUGCCAAACGAUAAAAUUUAGAAUUAGAAGAAAAUCGUUUAUUCGUUUAUUCUACAAUCAAUUACGAUUGGCUCUCUGUACCACUGAAUCCCUAUUAUAGAUGUGUGUACUUGCGAGGUGUAUACUGCAUUUGAAUAAAUGUUUACGACGACUACCUGAAGUGGUAGCUGUUUACACUUGUAGGUGUCCCGGAAUACCACA